AUGUCGUCUUCCACAUCGUCAAAAACACCAUGUGCCACGUGCGGCAAUAAAGGUGUUGGUAUUUUCAAAUGUGAAGGAUGUGCAGAUAUAUUUUGUCGAAAGCAUGUUAAUGAACAUCGAAACAUGCUUAAUCAUCAAUUAGAUGUAAUUGUUCUCGAACAUGAUGCUGUACAACAAAUGGUUGCUGAUCAGAGCAUCGAAGAAAAAAAUCAUGAUUAUCUUCUUAAGCAAAUUAACAAAUGGGAACAAGAUUCAAUUAUCAAAAUUCAACAAGCAGCAGAAGAAAUACGACAACAGGUAAAAAAAUUGAUUAGUUCACAUACAGGUAAGGUAUCAAAAGAAUUGUAUGAUCUUUCUGAACGAUUACGAAAAGCUCGAAUCGAUGAUGACUAUGUUGAAAGUGAUCUUUGUACGUGGACAACUAUGUUAGAAAAAUUAAAGCAUGAUCUUAUUACUAUUUCUCCUUUAAUUAAUAUUUAUGAAGAUCCAACAAAAAUUCUUGUCGCCAAAAUGUGUAUCUCUGAAACAGAACUACAUAUAAAACAGAAUGAAAAAUUUGGAGAAUCACUUGGUAAUAUUCGUAUUGAGGAGAAUGGUUGUGUCGCUAUACAUAUUGGUUCAAGGAGAGGUGACGCAUUUGUACGUGGAAUAUGUGAAUAUUCAUUGGGCAAACAUAAUAUUCGAUUAUUGGUAAAGAAAAAAACAACAGCAUACUAUUGCUUCUUUGGCAUAAUAUCAAAAGCAAAAUCAAUCCCACAGAAUGAAACUGACAUGAAAAUAUCAACAUAUGGUUGGCGCAGUGAUGACAAAACAAUCCCUCUUUACGCUGACUCACGAACUAGUAAAGAUUUUCUGGAUAUGAGAUGUCAAACGUUGUUUGAAAUUGAACUUUUGCUUGAUUGUGACAAUCGAAAAAUCAUCUAUAUCAAUCAACAAACCGAAAAUGCGAGAGAAAUGAAAGUUGACGUUACAAUAUGUCCAUUUCCUUGGCAAUUGCUAUUUUAUCUACAUGCUGCCGAAGAUUGUAUUCAAUUGAUUUCUCCAAGUCAACAAGUAUAA